ACUGUAGUUUCUGGCACUGCCGUCGGAGCAGGCGGGACCGUAGGCAUGUUUCCUGGCGUGGGGGGAUUCCACACCUGCGUGGCCGUGGGGUAGCGGUGGGGUUCAGGACUAGGCUCCAUCCCUCUGCACUGGAGAGGUGGGGCUGUCAGCCCGAGCACAGAGCUGUCUCGGCAGAACGGUGUUCCCCGUUCCUGGUGUUCUCGCUGUGCUGAGAGUUGCAGCUCGGAGACACUUUAUUGCUGCAGAAUUCGCUUGUGGGAAACAUAAGGAAAACGGAUACGCUUAUCGAUGCCAUCCUUCACAUGUUAAUGGAGGAUGGUCUGACUUUUGGACAAAGUCCUGAAAGCAACUAUGGAAAGAAAUGCUGUAUUUUCAACUGAAUUCUCACCUAUCAACACUGGCAAAUAUUCACAAGAUUUACCACACCCUCAAUAGGCUGAAUCUGACAGAGGACGCUGGUCAAGACGAUCACCAGACAGGAGAGAGACUUUCAAAGAUACGAAGAAUAGGAAGUCUCCGGUCUUGCAGUUCAUCAGACUGCUUUAGUAAAGUGAUGCCUCCAAGGAAAAAGAGGAGACCUGCAGCAGGAGAUGAUUUAUCUGCUAAGAAAAGUAGACAUGAUGGUAUGUAUAGAAAAUAUGAUUCGACUAGAAUAAAAGCAGAGGAAGAAGUCUUUUCAAGUAAGAGAUGCUUAGAAUGGUUUUAUGAAUAUGCAGGCACUGAUGACAUUGUAGGGCCAGAAGGUAUGGAGAAAUUUUGUGAAGACAUUGGAGUUGAACCAGAAAAUGUCGUUAUGCUUGUACUAGCAUGGAAAUUGGAUGCACAAAACAUGGGCUACUUUACGUUACAAGAAUGGUUAAAAGGAAUGACAUCGCUACAAUGUGAUACUACAGAAAAAUUGAGAAAUUCUCUGGAUUACCUGAGAUCUUUAUUAAAUGAGCCUACCAAUUUUAAACUUAUUUAUAGAUAUGCAUUUGACUUUGCACGGGAAAAGGACCAGCGCAGCCUAGAUAUCAAUACUGCCAAGUGUAUGUUGGGCCUUCUUUUAGGAAAAACAUGGUCCCUUUUUCCAGUAUUUCACCAGUUUCUAGAGCAAUCAAAAUACAAAGUUAUCAAUAAGGACCAAUGGUGUAACGUUCUUGAAUUCAGCAGAACAAUUAACCUUGACCUCAGUAACUAUGAUGAAGAUGGAGCCUGGCCAGUGUUGUUGGAUGAGUUUGUGGAAUGGUAUAAAGGAAAACAGAUGACAUAGAAGUUUAACUAUGCACAGCCACUCAAGAGUCACUGUUACCACAGUUAUGUCAACCAUUAGCCAUAAACUGCUAUUUGUAUCAAAGUGCAUGCUGCUUUUCUUGCACUGCAUCCCUUUUGCAGGGAACUUUUGAUGUUUGCUAUUUAACAAGCUAGCUAUGCUUGCUGUGUAGCAUUGUUCUCUUUGAAGGCUGCUUUGCAUUUUGUAUUUACACUACGAAUUGGUGAACUUGCCAGCGUCUUCACUGUGAUUAUGUGUAUAUUGCUGUCUAAAUUUUGUAUAUGUGUAUAAAAAAAAAGCUUCACCUAGGGAUUAUUUCUGCAGAAAUGUAUUGUAAAAAUAAUUUUGUGGCAUAUUUCUAGUCAUCACUUACAUGUUUGAAACUUAAGGGUUUUUUUUUCUUUUGGUCUCAAAUGUAGCAUUUCAGAAAAUGAAAUGAACAGACUGCUUGGACACAGUUAUGUGAAGAACUAUUGUCAAUUUUAAUGUUAUUAUUUGAGAUGCCAAUUUUUGAGAGAGAAGACAUGCUGUGACUGACUUCACCGGAAUUCGCCAAACCUGACCUAUUGCUUAAUAGGAAUGAAACAUUGGUGUCUUAAAAUAUAUAUAAAUAUAUAUAUAUACACACAUAUAAAUAUUAAAACACUGUAAUAGUUGUACAUGCCACAGAUUAUUUCCAUUUGAAGAAAAAAGUACUGACUUUUUAAUGUUAAAAAUGCAGUAGUCAUUACAGGUACAAAUGAACAAAUUAAAGUACCUUUUAAAAAUGGGUUUUAGACUUUUGUAAAUUGCCUUUGGCAUACUCCUUUUAAUUUUUGGUGUACCACGAGUGUUUGGUCUAUGUUGUGAUCUAGUGAAAUUGAAAGUUCUAGCUAAAGUUAGUGGUUUGGGGAAUAAAGUCUGCUCACCCCUAGCACAUAGAUAAUACAAAUUUGGGUUUGUUUUGUUUGUAACAUUAGUCUUUCCCAGAGUCUCUAACUUUGUUUUUCUAAAUAAUUAACAAUAUGAUAAUGAGUAGUCAAAACAUUACUUUUUCUUUCAUUCUGGGGAUUGGAAUUUCCUAGCAGAAUGUCCAUUGCAGGCAAUGGGCAUGAUAAACACCAGCAUUAAAUGACAGUACUUUUUAGUAGGGCCACUGCCUCUUUCAUUAAUUUCUUUAUCUGUAUAGGACAGUUCUAGUGAUUAUUUUGGGGAAAAUGAAUGAAUGGAAUUAUGCUUAAGUUCUGUAAUUUUGUCACAUUGUCUUUGCCUUACCCUUUUUAUUAAGUAAUUUUAGUGUUGAUUUUUAUAAAUAGGUCCUUGAAGUAUCUGGUGCUAUUAAACUUUCCUCCCUAAGGAUUCAUUAAAAUGUUCCAUAUUGAUUCGUGGAGCAUUUAACAAGAAAAGGCCAGUGGAUGUUUUGGAACUAAGAAUAACAUUACUUUUCUAUAGAACUAUUUUGCAAGGUAUUGGCAGUUUUGCUAUUUCUCUCGAAUGCAAUCCAGGGGAAGGGGGAGGAAGCGUUUUAAGUUGAAUGUGAAAUUUUCAGCUGUGUUGAAGGUCCUAUUCUGCCGUCACUGAAGUCAGGAACAACUGUCAUUAACUUCCCUACUUUCAGGAUUAAGCCUAGUUUAGCAAAAACACAAUAGUUUGCUGCCCUGGACCAGGAGGUUGUAAUUGUGGUGCUACAGCUGGUCAGCUGUAUUCAAAUCUGUUUGGUGGUGGUGUGUUUUGUUUGUCAAACUCAGCUGCCAAAGACAAAAAUUGUGUGUGUUUGUGUAUAUUUGUAUACACAUAAAUAUACAAUAUGUAUGCAUAUACAAAACUAGAAUUUUAUGAUGCUAAGAAGAAAAUACUACCUUUCCUGUGAAAUAGUCAUGACACUAAAUAGAUCUCUCUAAAGAUAAUAGUGGUGAAAGAUACAUAGUCAUUGCUUUCUCAUGUACUAAUGCACAUAACCUUAAUUCCAUGUUUGCCAGUUUGCACAAGAAAUUAAUUCAGUGGAGUGUGGUAUUUAAUGUUUACAAUAAGCCUCUUACUAAAACACACACAUUUUAUUAAGUCUUCAGAUGUAAAUGUGUAUAUUACCAUAGUAUAACCAUAAGGAAAUAUCAAUGGAGCUGCUGGUUUCAUUUUAAAAGAAUGGCCUUAGAAGCAAUAUAACUUGUAACAUUAGGCUAAAGUGUGGUUGCUAAGAUUUUAAGUGAAAUACUGUAAUUGUUCUUAAACAUUAAGUGAGUUACUGACUCUAGAAAACAGUUUAGCACAAAUUGGCAUGAAUCCUGCAACAAAUACAAGGUUUGCAUAAAAGGUUUUGUGUGUCACAAAUAAUUUGGCUUCUAGUAAUGGAAGCAAGAGCCAAAGAAACUUUUAAUCUAUUACUCCUAUAGGUAUAACUUUCAUAUAACAGGGUCAACAGAAAUCUGUUAAGCAUAACCAGGUGCUUUUUUUUCCAAGUUUUGCUAAUGUUUAGCAGAAUACAAAAUUUAAUGAAAAACCAAAAAAAAAGAGAGAAAAAGAAACUCAGAAGGUACUCAUGCUGUAUAAGUAAACAAACUUCAUUUUUUCUUUGGGUAAAAGUAAUAAGGAAUGAUGGAAAGGACAGAUGUGUUUGGAAAUGCAUUAGCUAGAUGCUGCUAUUUUUUUUUCUUUCACUUUCAAGCAGGAUGAAUCUGUAGUCUUCAGCUGCUUUAUAAACAUGCCUCUUCAUAAAAUAAACCACAAAUUCAAUUGCAGCUGGUAGACAGCUUUACUGAUGUAGCGAACAAAUGGACCCGUAUGGCUUGAUAAGGUUCCCUGUGCUAUCCAUCCUUCUGGUUUUGCUAUAUAUCCUGAUAAGCAGAGGACACUAACAUUGACAGCUCUUGCCUAUUUUGGAGAAAUUCCCUCUCAUUUUUAAAUAUUUGUGGAAACUUAAGCUACUCAGUUUACCUUGUAUUUAGUACAAGUUUAAUGUUUGCUCUUUUCUUAGUUAUGCCAUCAUAUAGUUGAUGUAGCGUUUUAGAGUUUUUUUUCCUUUUGAAAAAUGAUACACAGAAUAUGCUGACCUCUUAGUCAAGACACUGAGAGGUCAUUCUGGCAGAAGUGUCAUGGGACUUAUGCCAGUCUUUCUGGUGUACUGUUACUGUCCUUAUAGCAGAAACUUGAUGAUCUAUGUGCAAUUCAUGAUUGGUAUUUGGGAGAUGUAAAGUGGAAGGCCAGUUAGUGAAGGUAAAACAGCAUCCAGAGACUAUAGAAGUGGACACUCUGAGUUGAUAGAUGACAAACAUUUGAAGCUUUUUGGACUCUAUGAUCUUAAGGGUCUUUUCCAACCUAAAUGAUUCUGUAAUUUUACAAAUAUUAGUAACUGAAACAGUCUACAAAUUAACUUUAAUUCUACAGCAAAAUAAUAUUAGGUAUUUAAAAUAUUAAUAUAAUUCUGUGUUACUGUUGUUUUUUCACUUCUUUUUCAUGGAAAGCAAGAUGAAGAGGAUGGAAUUUAUUGGGAUCCUUUGUGUACUUGAGUUUUCAGUUAAAACCUGUUUAAAGUUGUCUUUAAGCUACAAUAAAGAUUUGGGUUACCAUUUUGUAGCCUUUUCUGACAGUUGUAGAGCACUAGAGGCUUCUCCCAUUUUACCACAAAUACAUGAAUUUUAUUUCAUCACAAAUAUGCUCAUACAAUCAAAAUUAGUUACAACUCCUUGCUACUUGGUUAGUGUUCCCAAGUUACUUUUUUGGAGGGCAAGAAAUGGACUUCAGUUGUGUUCAGGUUUUCCCAGAUUUCUGUUGACCCUUGGUCACAAGUCUAACAUUGUUUAAUACUCUUGGAAUUCUUAUAGACAGCUUUAAAGGUUAGCUUGUGCCCUGGUUUUAAUUAUAACUGCUAAAAUACCUCUUUUUAAGCCUUAUAUUUUGUCCUUUCAUGUUGCUGUAAAAGUGUAUAGAAUCCAUCCACCAACUAAAUUGUUGUCUGUAAUUGAGACCAAAACUCAGCUUGGUAUUUUUUGGGGUUUAUUUUUUAAAUUUCCCCCCCCCCCCUGUGUGUUUGUGUGUGCGUGUGUGUGUACAUGUGUUGUCACAAAAUAGUACCUACUGACACUGCUGUUGCAGGAACAGCAGUUAACCUGUAACUGUGAACGCUUUAUGUCUUAGUUACCUUGGAUAUUACAUAAAUAAGGUGUGCUAAACUCCUGUGACUCACAGCCUGAUGAAAAUACUGUUACGCCACCUAACAUGAGUUCAUCCCGUUGAUUUUUUUAGGUCUUUUGCUGGUGUUGAUGUAAAAUGGCAUCCCACAAAUAAACAGUAUUUGUGUUGGUUUCA